CGCAUUCAACCAGAGCUACUUUGGGUUCAUCCAUCCCAUUUCCUGAAUCAAGAUCCUGAGGGAGGGCCAAUGAAGCAGGCAUGGGAAAGUUCUCCCCACUUUUUUCCGAUUACAUCGAUUCUUUUUAAGGAAGGCAAACACAAGCACACUCGUGCUGCAGACCGCUACUGUGAGGAGCGGAGGGAGGCAUAAAAAGUACACUGAGUGCGCAGACCAGUACGCCAAUAAGGAGACAAACCCCGCUUCACGAGAGAGAAAGGAGCAGAGGAUGUCCAGAGCUGACUGGUCCUUUCUUGAGCACCUGCUGGAGGAGGGCCAGGAGUAUUCGACAGGUGUUGGCCGCGUAUGGCUUACUGUGCUCUUCCUGUUUCGCAUGCUGGUACUGGGAACUGCCGCCGAAUCUGCCUGGGAUGACGAGCAAGCGGACUUUGUCUGCAACACGCGACAACCUGGCUGCACUGCCGUGUGUUACGACAAAGCCUUCCCCAUCUCCCACUUUCGCUACUUUGUCCUCCAAGUCAUCUUCGUCUCUACGCCGACGAUCUUCUACUUUGGAUAUGUGGCUUUAAGGGCUGGAAAGGACAAGAAAAAAGAGGAGGAUGAGAAGGAGGCAGAACAAGGUGUUAGUGGAGGUAAGAGGGAAGGAAUAAGGGACAAUAACAAUGUGACUAAAGACAAUGCAGAAGAGAAGGAGAAAGAAGAGGGCGGUAAAGGUAGAAAAGCUGACAAGGCUCCUAUUGAGGCUCCGAAACUGAAAGGCAAGUUGCUGUGUGCGUAUGCAUUCAGCAUCCUGUUAAAAGUCCUCCUAGAAGUUGGCUUCAUCCUAGGGCUGUGGUUCCUUUACGAUGGCUUCUUCAUCGCAGCAAAGUUUGAGUGCACGGUGAUCCCUUGUCCUCACACCGUGGACUGCUUUGUCUCUCGACCCACGGAGAAGACCAUCUUCACCAUCUACACUCAGGUGAUCGCUGCCAUCUCCCUGCUCCUCAACCUCGUCGAGCUGCUCCACCUCCUUCAGCUUGCCAUCUCCCAUCGGCUGGAGAAACGCUACCGUGCCCAGCAACAAGACUACCUACCUCGGUCAGAGCAGGUACCGGCCCGACAGGAGGCUCCAGAACUCCAAGCGGAUGCGUCGCAGUCUUACAAAGCAGGGAGCCAUGUUAACCUCCCUGUGCAGGGUGGGGCUGCAUGCUACCCCAACCCCUGUGAGAGCAACGGGGAUCUGGCAAUAGAAGUGAACUGGGGACCUGGGGAGGCCGGGAGAGACCUGCUUCCCAGUUAUGUGAACUGCAUGGGGGCUAUGAAGACAACCCAUUCCCCUAGAGUCCAUUAUAAGAAACACGCACAGCACACUGGGAAGAACACAAAGGUUACCCAUAAGGGACACUCAAAGCAGAAGCAUUAUGUAUGACGCAGUCAGAUGUGGUGAAGUCUUUCAGUUUUUUCAACCUAUCCUGCACAUGACACUUGACUCUCGGGAGUGCACAGUGAGAGCUCAAACAAAGAACAACUACUGCACUGUGAACUUGAUGCCUACGAGGCAGGCAGAGAUUUACCAGAUAAAUGGACAUUUUCAAAACACUCCCCAAGGCAAAGAAAAUGAGACUCCACAAUGAGAGACGAUGGCAGUCAUAAUAUGCCUUGAUGUCACAUUGUAUGGCUUUUAGUGCUGAAUGUGACAGUGAGAAGAAAAAAAACCCCUGUGCAACAGGUCUGCAGAGGGGCUAGGGAUAUUGUGCGAGUGUGUAUGGGAGAGUAUGCAGUACAACCAGAUUUAAGCAUAUUCCUCUGAGAUUUGCACCCCUGGAGUUCUUUGAAACCCCCCUUCUUCUCCUCCUCUCUCUCUCCCAUGGCUCUGUCCACACUGUGGAAUGUACUGGUCUCUGGAUCCUGCUCUGCUCCCAAGAGGAUAAUGGCUGCGUGGACGCAGGCAUGCAUGCACACACACAAUGUACUUUUCCCCUUUCACCCAGUGAGUUUUGGUCACUCGAGUGACUUGGGGAUGCACACUGCGGAAGACAUGGAUUAAGAGAAGCCAAACCAGAGGAAUUCUGGUAUUGUAAAUGGCUUAUCAUUGCCAGUAAUCAUCAUAAUUUAGCUAUGAAGAAAGAGGGAGAGAGAGGACCAGUGUAGUAUGUAGUAUGAGAGUAUGAGAGCUGAAUAAUGGAGGAAAGACAAGCAUCGGUUUGAAAGACAAUCGGUACAGAAAUGUGCAAACUAAAUGAAAGGAAAUUACUUAUUAUGUGAAAACUGUAUUUAAUGUUUAAGGUAUUAUGAAUGAUGUGAAUACGAAUACAAGUGAAUAUGAAUACAAGUGUUAAUAUUUAUAUUUUGUGUAAAAUAAAGCUUAAAGUACCACAAAUCUA